UUUUCCUAGAAGCUGCCUGUCAAGACUGAGAAGAAAGACACAUUUCUUAAUAAUGAUUAAUCAGCUGUAUCUGAAAAGAAAAAGAAAACAAUUCAGGAAAUAAGAUGCUAAGGAAAGGUGGGGAAAAAUGAUCUCCCCCCAGACGGACCCACCCAGUUAAACCCUGACAGCAUUUCCUUGUGUUCACCUGCAUAAAAGUGACCAGCCCUUUCCAAGUGGCAAGGAGCGCAGAGAGAAGGCAUAGGGGUGGCCCUGGAGCACUCUGUGAGAGGACAUGAAGGCACUGUGCAUUUCCCUCUGCCUCCUGGGUGCCGGGCUCUUCCUGUGCUCAGCGCACGCCCGAGGCCUCAGGAGAUGCCUGAUUUCCAUGAACUUGCACCGUGUGGAGGAGAGCUUCCGAGGAAUCAAAACAGCCAUUCAAGCUAAGGACACCUUCCAAAACGUCACCAUCCUGUCCCCAUCGGAGACCCUGCAUGGCAUUAAGCCCUUAGAUGUGUGCUGCGUGACCAAGAACCUCCUGGCAUUUUAUGUGGACAGGGUGUUCAAGGACCAUCAGGAGCUGAACCCCCAAAUCAUGAGAAAAAUCAGCAGCCUUGCCAACUCUUUCCUCUACAUGCAGAAGACUCUACAACAAUGUCAGAAUCUGUGUCACUGCAGACAGGAAGCAACCAAUGCAACCAGAAUCAUCCAUGACAACUAUGAUCAGCUGGAGGUCCGGUCUGCUGCCAUUAAGUCUCUGGGAGAGCUGGAUGUCUUUCUAGCCUGGAUUGACAAGCAUCAUCGAGGAACUUCCGCUGCCUCAAGACAAGGAACCUAAUCUGGGGGGAUGAAGGGCCCCUGAGAGGUUUCUGGUGGGGGACAGCCAACUUGGAAGGGGAGGGAGACGGGGGAGGCCCUGUUUUAUGCAAAUGAGGGUCUUUUUGAGGAAGUCUUCCUGCUUGUUUGGAAUUCUCUUCUCUGGGCUGAGGUGUUGUAAGGGGAAAUUCUGGGUUUGAGCACACCUCACCUUGUGGCUAAAAUCUCACUGGCUGGGCCCAGCUUGUCUGAUCUCACCUGAAGGUAUCCAAGCAGUCUACUGGUUUUAUAUUUGUAACAAAAUAUGUCUGUUGAGAGGUCCUGCGGGGCCAUCCUGGAGGGAGAGGGUGGGCUUCCUUAAUUUAUUGUGAAGUUUCUUAUCCCAUGUCUGUGAUGUGAGCUAAGCGAUAUCCUGUGGUGCAUAUUGUACUGACUGGUUUUUUUCUGAAUAAAUUCUGUUCUUUACCAA